CUCUCUCUCUCUAUAAAAGCAAAUCAAACAAAGCCCAAACUGUUCUUGAUUUCUAUCCCUUCAACCACCUUUUUUUUUUCUUUCUUUGUUUCUUUGUUUUGUUGGUUUUCAACCAUGGCUGACUACCCUUACUCCAAUUUCUUCCAAGGUUGGUUCAAGUACCCUCUUCCUCCUCCACAACAACAACCUAAUUCCUAUACCCAAAACUUCUAUAGCAACAGCACCACCUUCCUGAGAAAUGGAGCCAGCAAUAUUAACCCGUUUUUCCACUACCAAACCAGCAGCUCUUCUUCAUCACCUCCUUCGCCUCCUGUUAGAGAAGUCUUACCACUAUUGAGCUUGAGUCCCACAAGGCAUAACAAAGAGGAGCAGGAACAGGAUGUGGAAGACCAAGAUCAAGAUCAAGAUCAAGAGCAAUAUUCUUGCACUGCCAUGGAUAUAGACAAGAGCAAAGGGAAAGAGGAAGGUCAGCGGCUGCUCUUGAGUAACAGUAGUGCAGCUGAAGAUGAAACUGUUACUGUUGCACUGCAUAUAGGGUUACCAAGCCCUAGUGCUUCAGAGUUGGCUUCGGUUUUAUCAUCUUCCUCAGAGAUCACUGACAAAGAUGGGGAUGGUGAUGAUUCUGGGUACCCGGUUAACAGACUCAACAAGGGACAGUAUUGGAUCCCUACCCCUUCUCAGAUUCUUAUUGGCCCUACACAGUUCUCUUGUCCGGUUUGCUGCAAGACCUUCAAUAGAUACAACAACAUGCAAAUGCAUAUGUGGGGGCAUGGAUCUCAGUAUAGGAAAGGGCCUGAAUCACUGAGGGGAACCCAGCCAACAGGAAUGCUAAGGCUUCCUUGCUAUUGUUGUGCAACAGGGUGCAGGAACAACAUUGAUCAUCCAAGAGCAAAGCCACUCAAAGAUUUCAGAACCCUGCAAACACAUUACAAGAGGAAGCAUGGGAUCAAGCCUUUCAUGUGCAGGAAAUGUGGCAAGGCAUUUGCUGUGAGAGGAGACUGGAGAACCCAUGAGAAGAACUGUGGGAAGCUCUGGUAUUGCAUUUGCGGCUCCGAUUUCAAGCACAAGAGAUCUCUUAAAGACCACAUAAAGGCUUUUGGGAAUGGCCAUGCAGCUUAUGGCAUCGAUGGCUUGGAAGAAGAAGAUGAGCCUGCAUCUGAGGUGGAACAAGAUAAUGAGUCCAUGCAGUGAUGAAUAAAUGGAAAAAAAAUUAAAAAGGUGUGCUUUUCAAUCUUCCUCAGCAUAUGCAUGGUGAAUAAUCAUAAAUUGCUUAAACCAUUACUCACCGACAUGGAAAACGGAAGCUGAAACUAAAGAUCCUUGUUGGAAAAGCAUAUUAUUGAUGCAUUAGACGAUAAUUAUGAUAUACUCAUUGAAAAAAGGAUAAUGGAAAAUCUAUUUUUUAUGUAAUGAUGAAAUGUUUCACAAGGAAAAGUAGUGCAGUUAUUUUUCCUGAGUCCUGUCGAUUGUUUAAAGCAAUUAUAUAUUCUUCUUUAGUUUUGAUUUGACUGAUCUUAAUUUCAUGAA